AGAGAGAGAGAGAGAGAGAGAGAGAGAGAGAGAGACCGUCCACUCUUGCUGUCUAAGAUGUAACACAUUGGCAACAUCCAUUCGGGGCGCACUGGGAGUAAUGCUCAGGCUACUCAUUUGUGCGCUACAACUAAUUGUCGCUUUCGGGACGACAAUCCCUCCCUACAUGCUUAAAUUACAUCGCUGCAGCAUCCCUGCAGAGUAGCCUCUGCUGCUGAUUCCAUUUCUCCAGCUGCAUUUCAAGGUGCCGUCGACAGAACCGGAGACUGGGCUUACAUAUCCGGGCUCCUGCACAGCCUCCUGGACGGGCAGCGAACGGUCUCAUUCAUCGAUGUGCAUGGACUGAAUAAUUAGGGGGUGGGGAAGUUCGGAUAAUUACUCCAGCCACGCUCGAGCGUCUCUUGCAUGACUUUAGGUUGAUACGAGUUAUCAAAAGGCGUCUGAAAGCCAGAGGAGAGGCUGGUGUGCAGAUGAGGAUUACUAAACCGUGCUCGUCAAACGCGGCGCUGUUCACCUGGAAUACCUGAAGCUUUUCAAUGACACCUAUCAGCUGCGUCAACUUAACACUGUUGCAUGUUUCCACUGCUGAAAUGUCGGCCCCUGUGGCCUAGCUCGUAGAUUUAUGUUUGAUAUCAGACCGGUGGCUGUUGAUUCGAAGCCCUGAGUGUCAGAAAGUCGCGGCAGCUUAAUUAGGCUACGUUACCGUCCAGUCAAGAGGAUGCUGCCUGAGGCGCAAUGAUGCCCGGGACUCGGAGGGGUUUCUGAUCAGGAUGACAUCUGGUUGAACACACUCGAGGACGUUAAACACAGAAUCAACUCUCGCUUUUGUUUUGAGCCAAGAAGCUGCAUCAAGAUCCGACUUCUGCCGAACUAAACUCGGUUUUCAGACUCGGUUCGGGGAGAUGGCCGCAAUCGCGAGCUCCCUGAUCCGGCAGAAACGCCAGGCGAGGGAGUCGAACAGUGAUCGGGUCUCUACUUCGAAACGUCGCCCCAGCCCCAGCAAAGACCCCCGCUCUAUUUGCGAGAGGCAUUUCUUGGGGGUCUUCAGCAAGGUCCGAUUCUGCAGCGGGAAAAAAAGACCCGUCAGACGGCGACCAGAUGCACCCUCGAAACCUCCACAGGUGUCCCAUAAGGGCUGCAGGCUAGAGCCGCAGCUGAAAGGCAUCGUGACACGGCUGUUCAGCCAGCAGGGCUUCUACCUCCAGAUGCAGCCGGAUGGAACCAUCGACGGCAGCAAGGAUGAGAACAGCGACAACACCCUGUUUAAUCUUAUUCCUGUGGGUCUAAGAGUGGUGGCCAUCCAGGGAGUGAAGAGUGGCUUCUACAUUGCCAUGAAUGGCGAGGGCAUGCUCUACAGCUCGGAGAUGUUCACACCAGAGUGCAAGUUCAAGGAGUCCGUUUUCGAGAACUACUACGUGAUCUACUCGUCCACUGUGUACCGGCAACAGGAGUCGGGCCGGGCCUGGUUCCUUGGCCUCACCAAGGAGGGACAAGUCAUGAAGGGCAACCGGGUCAAAAAGACUAAACCCUCGUCACACUUUGUGCCCAGGCCCAUCGAAGUUUGUAUGUACAGGGAGCCGUCAAUGCAUGAGAUAGAGGACAAGCACCGCUCCAGGAAGAGCUCAGGGACCCCCACCAUGAACGGAGGGAAAGCUGUCAAUCAGGACUCCACAUAGCAGCGGGGGGAGGGGCUUCCAACAUGGGGAGUGGUCUCAUCCUGACUCAAGGGGAGAGGCCAUAGGAAAACUCAUCGCCCCCACCCUAAAUUACGCACCACCAUCCCCUCUGAAAAAAAGGCGGCGUUGUGGCGAUGAGGAGCCAUUACUCUACACCCAAGACAACGAAAACAAAACUGAACUCUUGCCUGUGAAAAUCUUUUAGAUGAAUUAAUAUGAAACCAGAGGAGAGAUGGAUGAAAAAAAAAAAAACAUUUUCAAUCAGGACUUGACCAACAUUUUAUGCAAAAGAGAAAAAGCUGUGAUUAACAAAAGAAUGGUGGUCUCUCUUCACGCAAAGACAAAUAACUAUCAUUUUCAAUUUAUGCUGUGAAAAACAAGCUUUAAUACAUCUUUUCUAAAUGCUACUGCACUCCCAUAUGCUUUGUGUUAUUGUUGUCAGUAAUAACUAUAACAUCAUCAUCAUUACUAAUCUGUUGAAUCUUAUCACAGUUCAUAUCACGGUCACUGGCUCUCUUUUGUUUUUAGGACUAGUUAUUGGUUUUCCAAUUUCUCGCUCAUAGUUAUCCUCAUAGAUCCUCAAGCACUGUCCCACUACCUGUUCUGUUGUGAAGGUAAGACUGAAUGUAUUUGAUAGUUCUCCGUGUUGUACUACAGAAGAAACAGAGUGCUUAGGGUGGGAUGUAAUUUACUCAGGUGUGUACUGUAAGUGUGAAUAAAAAGACAGAUAGGGCUGUUUCAAGUACUCCAACAUGAAGUCCCCUAUAUUGUUCUGCAAUGACGGGACAAGACUGAUUCAAGCAAUAUAACAGAAAACCAUCUAGUACGUCUCUAAACAAUAGCGAUGCCAAGCUGACAACGCAUCCCUGUGGUUGGUGCGUUUGUCACUAGAGAAGACUGACAAUGAACGUUGUACAAGUAGGUAAAAGUUGGUGUCAAAGUAAAAGUGUUCCGAUAUCCAUUUAACAUAGUAUUUAACAUUUGCAAAGAAUAUUAGCUUAUUAAGUGAAAAGAUGUCCAAACUUGUCACAAAUGGCAAAGAAUAGUAUUCUCUCCAAACCAACCAGCAUCAGCACUAUGAGCCAUGGCCAAAAGAAA